CCGGUGUGAGGCAGAAAGGUAGCAACCACCCACUACCAAGCCAACGCACUGAGGAUACGGCGAGAAACCACUCACUGCUCGAGAGAGGGGCGUGAAACCAAAAACAGGAGAUCAUCAUCAUCAUCGGGUGCACGGUUUAAACAUUGACAUACCCACUAAAGAUUUCCACAAGACACCGUUUGAAGGUGGGCGGUGUGCUCCGUGGUGACUGUUGCCAUGCCGUUCCCCUUUGGGAAGUCCCACAAGUCUCCAGCAGACAUCGUGCGGAACCUGAAGGAGAGCAUGAGUGUGUUAGAGAAGCACCCACCACCGGACAAGAAGGCAGAGAAGGCGUCGGAGGAGGUGAGUAAGUCGUUGGUGGCGAUGAAGGAGGUUCUGUACGGGACGGCGGAGAAGGAGGUGCAGACGGAGGGGGUGGCGCAGCUCUCCCAGGAGCUCUACAACAGCGGCCUCCUCUACACCCUCAUCGCAGACCUGCAGCUCAUCGAUUUUGAGGGGAAGAAGGAUGUGGCUCAGAUCUUCAACAACAUCUUGAGGAGGCAGAUCGGCACUCGCACUCCUACUGUAGAGUACCUGUGCACCCAGCAGAACAUCCUCUUCAUGCUGCUGAAAGGGUACGAGAGCCCGGAGAUCGCGCUGAACUGCGGUAUGAUGCUACGUGAGUGUGUGCGUCAGGAGCCUCUGGCCAAGAUCACGCUCCACUCUCCUCACUUCUACUGCUUCUUCACCUACGUGGAGAUGUCCACCUUCGACAUCGCCUCCGACGCCUUCACCACCUUCAAGGACUUGCUGACGCGACACAAGCUGCUGAGUGCUGAGUUUCUUGAGCAGAACUACGAUAGGUUCUUCAGUGAAUAUGAGAGACUUCUUCAUUCUGAAAACUAUGUGACAAAAAGACAAUCUCUGAAGUUGUUAGGUGAGCUGCUAUUGGAUAGGCAUAACUUCACCGUGAUGACCCGUUACAUCAGUAAAGCUGAAAACCUCAAACUCAUGAUGAACCUCUUGCGAGACAGGAGCCGCAACAUCCAGUUUGAAGCCUUCCACGUCUUUAAGGUGUUUGUGGCCAAUCCCAACAAGCCUCCAGCCAUCCUGGACAUUCUGGUGAAGAACCAGAGCAAGCUGGUGGACUUCCUGUCCCGUUUCCAGGCCGACCGCACCGAGGACGAGCAGUUCAACGACGAGAAGACCUACCUCAUCAAACAGAUCCGAGAACUACGCCGCUAACACACACACACACACACACUCCUCAUCAAACAGAUCCGAGAACUACGCCGCUAACACACACACACACACACUCCUCAUCAAACAGAUCUGAGAACUACGCCGCUAACAACACACACACACACACACACACACACACACACACACACACCUCAUGAAACAGAUCCGAGAGCUACGCCACUAACACACACACACAUACACACCCUUAAACUGAUCCAAGAACUACGCCGCUAACACACACACACACACACACACACACACACUCCUCAUCAAACAGGUCCGAGAACUACGCCACUAACACACACACACACACACACACACACACACACCCUCAAACUGAUCCAAGAACUACGCCGCUAAGACACACACAUACACACACACUUCUCAUCAAACUGGUCCAAGAACCACGCCGCUAACAGACACACACACACACACACACACACACACACACACACACACCUCAUGAAACAGAUCCGAGAGCUACGCCGCUAACACACAGACACACACACACACACACACUCCUCAUCAAACAGAUCUGAGAACUACGCCACUAACACACACACACACACACACACCCUUAAACUGAUCCAAGAACUACGCCGCUAAGACACACACAUACACACACACUUCUCAUCAAACUGGUCCAAGAACCACGCCGCUAACAGACACACACACACACACACACACACACACACACACACACACACACCUCAUGAAACAGAUCCGAGAGCUACGCCGCUAACACACAGACACACACACACACACACUCCUCAUCAAACAGAUCUGAGAACUACGCCACUAACACACACACACACACACACCCUUAAACUGAUCCAAGAACUACGCCGCUAAGACACACACACACACACACAACACAAAUACUCUCCUAAUCAAACUGAUCCAAGAACUACGUCGCUCACACACACACACGGCUCACACACACACACGCACACACACACACACACACACACACCUCUAGAGAACAGGCUAACGUACACACACAUAAACACACACAUGCAUCUGCACACUCAUUAUUAAAACAUCAUAAACACUCUAAGCAUGUACUUACUAACAUGAACAUAAUUAAGUCCCACCAGACAUACACACACGCACACACACACACACACACACACACACAGAGACUCCUACGGCGUGUGACUGGAUUGUGCUGGUUUGGGCUACGCUGAAGGGUUGUGUGGAGAAACGCCGCCCCCUGGUGACUGAGCUUUCCCACUGCAGAGAAAAGACUCCAAUGCUGCCUCUCACCCCUCACCAACAUGUGGACAAUAUUCCCUUCCAACACACACAUGCACACACACACUCACAUUCACACACACACACACACACACACACACACAGUCACAUAAACACUAUCACACAUACACUUGCAUUCACACUGGACCUUGCACACACAAACAAACACACACACUCUCCAUCACACAUCUCACACUCACAUUGCUCUUUGUGUAUGCCUGUUAACCUGCCAACUUGUAUGUUUAUACAGUAGAACUGUGUGUGUGUGUGUGUGUGUGUGUGUGUGUGUGUGUGUGUGUGCACGUUCUUGGCGGGGUGGGGGGUUCCUUGGAAAAUGGAGAAACUUGUACAUAAUGCCUUUUUGUUUUGCUUUAGACUUUGUUGAACCUGUUUUGUUGACAUAUGGAAAAAGAUAUAAUAUUAUAUUAUACAUACCCCAGACCAUGAAA